AAGCAGCAGUAGUGCAAGACAACAGUGCUGAACCACAAUGAUCAGUCAACUGGCUGCUUUGAUUCUACUUUGUACAAUGUCUCUGGUUGAAACGGCAGAGGAUCCUCAACAGAUCUCUAUGGCUGUGGUAGAAGUUGGUGGAAAUUUUACUUUUGGUUGGCCAGUUUUAGAGGAAAAGGACAGAACGUUUUCCUUGAAGAAGCAGACUCUUGGACAAAUGGCCCGGCCAGUCUUUAAAGUAAUUGUUGGCAAAAUAUCACUAAUUGAACCUUUUUUAGACACACGGUUCACAGCAACAGCAGGGGAAACUCAGUAUAUUUUUACCAUCAGAAAUGUCAGCAAAGAGGACGAAGCAACAUAUUUCUCUCUCAUUGGAGCAACGUAUUCACAGAGUUUUGGCAGAAGCAUAUUCUUGGCGGUGAAUGAUCAACAGAAAUCUUUCUUCGUGAAACAAAGCCCGAAGACCGAGUCUGUCCAGCAGGGCGACUCAGUGACCCUCCAGUGUUCACUCCUCUCCAAAAACAAAGAAAACGCAGAUCAGUGUCCAGGUGAACACCAUGUGUACUGGUUCAGAUCUGGAUCAGGAGAAUCCCAUCCAAGCAUCAUUUACAGUAAGGAACAAAAGGAAAGAAGUUGUGGCUACAGUCUUUCCAAAACUAUUCACAACUCCUCUGAUGAAGGGACUUACUACUGUGCUGUGGCUACAUGUGGACAGAUCCUGUUUGGGGAAGGAACUACAGUGGAGAGGAAAACCGACUUACGUGAUUUAUUUCUGCUUCUGCUGUCUGGGGUCUCGACUAUAAGUGUGAUUGUUAUAGCCAUCCUUAUUCACGCCAUCAAGAAACACAAGUGUGGUUUUUGCCAUGAUAAAGCUGCUGUUAACCUGCAAGAACGUGCUGCAAAAAGGAAUGUGAAGAUAAAUGAAGACCCGUGGAUUUAUUCUACUGUUGUCUUUACCGUGAUGGAAACGGGCUGCGGUGUCUACACUGCUGCCGAGGCUUUUUGAUCUGAUCCAAGUGUCGAGUCAGCAAUAUUCAAGGAAGAUUGUUGUUAUUUGUACUCAAAACAUAUGCACCCCUUCGUAUUUACCCUGCAUCUUGCUCCCUCUGCCUUUCUCUUUACACGUCCAUGGCUCCUCUUUCCCCUGUCGUCUUCCCAGGCAUAAACGCCCUGAUGAUGAUUCCCUGGAUCACCACCAGAAGGAAUGGUUUCAGAUGUCUUGUGAUAACUGAUGUUAAUGUGUUUAUGUUUAAAGCUGUUAUAACAUGUGGGGA